AUGUCGUUGUGCCGCCUAUCUAGAUGCAUCGGUAGGAGGUCAACAUCCAUUUGCUGCCUUCUUGCCGCUAUACUUGGCAGUAUCCUCUCUGUGGAAGGCCUCAGCUCUUCCAGCUCUGGGAUCGCCAUUUCAAGCCUUAGUCACCAUGAGUCUCACAGCACAAUUUCUGCAGAUGCUGUGGCAUCACAAGUAACGACUGAACCCGCCAUUAUAAGUACUUUGGAGGAGGAAUCGGGGCGAAGUGUGGCCGUAUCAGCACUUAAAGAAACCCUGGAAAAAGCGAUUAAAGACUCAGUCUCUGCAGAGCCCGAUUCGCGUGAAUUUCAGGAUGCGGUUAAAAAUUAUAGAGAGACAGGGAUAUGUGCAUCGUGGAUUGACCCUAAAACCAACAAGGUUACCCCGGGCAUCAGUGAGGAUCUAUUGGCGAAAUCAGUGCAAGAAAGGAAGACAGAGGGAAAGGUGGAUAUCGAGGACCUCUCGGAUGCGCUCAAGAGUCAUGAUCCGAAGGCCAUUGUCACAGUGGCCUGUGUGAAGCGCUGGAGGAAGGUGUGUUGUUGUAUGGAGGAGAAACAAAGGGAGAUCAAGUGGGCAUUUGUCUUGUUCACAGUCAUCUUGGGGGGCACCCUCGCAGCGGGGUGCGUCUACAUGCUCCUUCAUGGCCAGACGAAAGUUCACAUGGCAGUAAAUGCCCUCGGCUCUUCCGGCUGUGCGGCCCUUGGCAUUGUCGAGACGGCAACGUUGGGUGGCACGAUUAGCGUCACGAACGGCGAACCGCAAUACGCAGGCAGUACGCUUUUACUUCCUGGGCUUAUGAGCAAGAGCGACGACAAUGCUAUCAAGUUUCCGGGGGUGAGUGGACUUGAGAAGAACGCUAAGGGUCUGGAAGCACUCUUCAAUACCGACGGACCCAACAAUCUGAGCACCGUUCUGAAAAGCGUUUCAACUAGAGGACCGGAGUUGGAUGAGCGACUGCAGAACAUUAAAACUACCAACAUGGCCCUGACGACAAACUUGGAUUCCUUCAAAAAAGCCACAGAAAAGGCUUAUAUGAAGUAUCUCUUCUGGGAUGCUGUCAAAACGCUAGGAGAUGACUAUUACUCGCCGUUCGAAAAGGCUGUAGAAGGCGUAGAGUCGGCGGCUAAUUCUGCAAUGAACAAGGUCAGCCUGCCUUCACUCAACCUUAAAGGAGGCUUGGAUCUGGAGAAAUUACAAGAAGAAACUAAACGCCUGCAGGAGGUCGCUGUGGAUGCUGCUCAUGUAGCAACACCCAUGGCUGCCCUUGCACCCAUUGUGUUGUGGGGUGAGGUCAUUCUGAUUUUCUUGGGUGUUGUGUUUGGCGCUAUCGCGCUUGCCCUAUUCUUCUUCAGCAAGGGGCGCAGUGGGUUGCUCCCGAGCUGCCUCAGUUGGAACUGCGUGCUGGCUUUAGUGUCUCUAAGCGUCAUCACCACGGGAGCAGUCUUCAUGGCCUCCUACGUAGGCGACCCGAUUUGCACUGCGGGAGUGAAAUCGCUUUGGCCUGCGGGUACGCAUGGAGGCGGUAACACUGAGGACGACCAAGACACGCGCGAGCAGCUGGACAGGCUAAUGCACACCCUUGUAGGCGAGAAUGGGGGUAUCCUGCAGGACUGUUUGCAAAAUGAAAACCUCAAUAUUCUAGAGGCUAUGAAAGAGGACCACCGAGUAGAAGAGGCAAAGAAAUCUCUAGGGAAGGCGCGCAACACUGUGCUGAGCCACCUGCCAGACAGCAAGACGGAAGCCGCUGCAAGUACGUGGUUUGACCUUGCUUGCCCUAUGUUGCGUCUCCCGGCCUUUAAUCCGUUCUCGCUCGUUAGUGAGCCCAUGUGCCCAAGACUUAAGGCUCUUGGGCUUAAGUAUGUAGAGAAAAUGCAAAAUUGGAUUAACGAAUUUGGAUUCGCGGUGAUAUUUGACCGGGAGAAGCUCAAAAGUAAUCCAGAAACUAAAGAUCUUGUCGAUACAUUCCCAGAAGUCCUUAACAGCGGACUCCAAUGGGAUAACCGCACCGUGCAUCACCCCGGUUAUGAUGAACCCGUUACGGUGUAUGGCUUGCAUACGUUGAGGAGGAUCAUAGAACCAGCGGGGAUGAAAGGCUACGAAUCCAUAGGCAAUACCCUCACCAUCACCUCCACGUACCCUACUGCCACUGAUGAGGAAUUCAAGAAAUGGCUGGAAAACCUCUACAAUGAAAAGGUCAGCGGUGGCACGAAGUUUGAUCGCUUGAAGCCUAAAAUGCUGAAUAGCGCAGCAAGCCAGUUAUGUGCCUCCUCUAGUAGUCAAGAGAAGUUUAAGAAAGAGAAUAACGAUUCCGAAGAGGGCGCGAAAGCCAAAGCAGAGGACUAUAUUAAGAAGCUGAGAAACGCAAUCCUGCUGUGCAAGUACAAGCUACAGCUUUUGGAAGAGACCAUGGACUGUUACCGUAAUACAUCAGCCGAAGAUGUGGAGAAGGGAACCUGCACUGGAAGAGAGAUGAUUUACAUCGACAACUUCAAGGAGGCCUGCAAUUGUGGGUUCGUUAGAAGAGAUAUGAUCGAACUCACCUACCUGGGGUGCAACAAUGGUGCUGACGCUAUUUGGACAGCGGCUAUUGUGCGAUUCCUAGGACAGCUGUUUGCGCUAGCAUUAGGGGUCCUCCUCUUCAUCAUUUGGAGGAUACAAAAGGACAAUGGCGUGGCCAAGAAGGAGGAAAAUAAGGAGUCAGAAUUCUUGAUAAGAAGCGAAGGAGAAAGGCCUGAGGAAGUAUUCGUUGACACAGCAGACAAAGAAUCUGAUGACAAGGAACAGCCUGUGAGCGGGUCUCCGUCAAUGUGGGCUUAA